CUUACCACCCCCGCCAACUUUACAAACCUCCCGCUUAGUCGCCCGCUCAUACUUUACAGGUCUUUAUACGUGUUGCUACCGGCGAGCUAAUAAUGAGUUCCGAGGAAGCCAAGAAUCGCAACCGAUUCGCCGUUUUAGUAUGUGAAGAUGCAGAGAAGUGGGGCGGACUAGAAAUUAUGGGCAAGCGUCAUAUAGAUCUUUACCGAAGGGAACAAGACACGGAAUGGCGUACUUUUAACGCUUGUGAAGGAGACAUCCCCUCCGCAGAAGAUAUUGACAAAUAUCAAGGCUUGGUGAUCGGUGGAAGUCACUAUUCAGUGAACGACGAUAAAGAAUGGGUGAAAAGAAUGGAGCAACUCAUUGUUUCGUUGGCUAAGAAAUCGCCGUCUCCUCGCGUGGUUGGCCUUUGUUUUGGUCAUCAACUUUUAGCCAAAGCACUCGGAGGAAGCGUUAGCCGAAAUCCUUCAGGAAAGUUUAUUUUACAAACCGAGAAGGUGAAGCCCACGAAGAACGAUACUGUUACAAACUCGAUUGUGUCCAAACUGUUCGAGAGCGGUCCUCUCGAUUUGUUAGAGUCGCACAGCGAAUGCGUGACAGAACUUCCUCCGGACGCCGUAACCAUUGCUAGUUCGGCUUCCUGUGACCAUGAGAUGGUUUUGUUUACGGAUAACAUAUUGGGCCUUCAGUCUCACCCCGAGUGCAGAGCUGAAGAGUUUGAGGAAAAAAUUCUUCCGUCCUUGAUGAGUAACAACUUGUUCACUGAGGAAGACAAAGUUAAAACUCAAGAAUCGUUCAAAGUUCCUCUGCAUUCCAGCAAAGUAAACAACAUUUUAAGUGACUUCCUUCAUGAAUAGACAAUAGCUAAGUGUUUAUAGUACCAUGCAAAACAACAGUGGUAAUAAUAGACAAUGAAUAAACUUUUAUCUAGCGUUAAUACAUUGCUCUCCUAAGUGCUUUGCAGUGAUAACUUCCUAGAAUAUUCAUGACUUUUUACCAUACUGAAUUACUAAUUACAAGGGUUAAUUAAAUUCAAUAUAAUAAUAAUGUUACAAAUUCCAUGUUAAUUUAAACAUGUUUAUUCACUGAUUGACUAAUGUUUGUAUUUGGAGUCUAAGGGUUUAAGAGUUGAACAGUGAACAUCCACUUGUUUUAGGAUACGUCAAGGGGUCUUCCUGGUUUUUAGCAGCAUAGUACACUAUUUGUAAAUAUGUGGGGGCUAUUUAUUUAAACAGGAUCUUGACUCUUAUCUUAGUAACACCCAGCCAGAAGUCAGUUUUUUUUCUUAAUUCCUUUGUUUCUUGGGAUAUAACCAUAACAGACAAAAGGUAUCACUAUCAGUUUCAGUAAUUUGCGUGGCUCAGUGGAGGAGAACUCUAAUGUGUAAUGGAUACAAAGGCAAUAGAUUAUCUUCAUUUACUUUUCAAGACUUGUCUCAAACCUGUAUAUCCCAGGGAUGUCAUUGAGUUUUGUGUCCCCAUUGCCUUGGUCUUUACACCCGUAACAAGCUUAUUGCUUUGUGAGUGAAUUAUAUCAACAACGGGUAAGCAUCAAGGGCUCAUCAAAUAUUCACCUGUGACAGGUGUUGGGGGUUACAACCCUAAAUUAAAGCAAGCCACUCUCUCAACCCCCAUUUACUUCCAAUGCCUGUUUAUAUUUUCAGUAAAGAGAUUUUAUUCAAGAUAACAUGUCUAGAUCACUCCCUGAAAAAUCAGCCUUGCUGAGCUGCAAACUACACCAUGGGACAUGCCUAUUUAUUAUUAUAUAUCCAGAACAGAGUAACCCACACCAGUCAAGCUUGAAUAUUCCUUGAUUUGACUGUUCCACUUUAGAAUAAAUCUACUAGCGUUCUAUCACGAAUGCUGUUCUCUGAUUGGCUACGCUACUCACAAUCUGUUCUGUGAUAGAGUGAGUAGCGUUGCAGUGUUCCCUUGUAAACAAAAUGAGAGCCACUUCUUGGCAUUGUCAAAGUAUCUGUGAAGAGGAAUACCGGUAGAUAAAGUUUUGAACGACUAGGAGAUUUAUACUAAAACAAUUAGAUUAUUUGUUCUAUGCAUGACAGUUGACUUGGGCUGCACUCUCGUCAGCUAUCAUGCAAUAGAAAUCUCAAGCUCAUAAUCUAACUGUUUAGUAGAACUUCCAGCCCAGCAUGGUUGAUGUUGUACCACAUGACCCAUCAUUAUUGCUUACUCCCAUUGAUACACUAAUGGAUGGAGAGAAGAACAUGUACUGUAUCACCUUGUCCAAGCCAGUAACUUUACAAAUAUGGUAAUGUUAAAGUAUACAUAAAUUUGAAGUCUAGUGGCACAUCAAGAUGGCAAUAUCCCUGGUUUCUGUGGCAUUAAACAACUUGGAGUAUUUA